AUUGAUCAAGCCUUACCAAUGACCAUGGUCCCCUCGCGCGUCUUACUAGGCUCGUCAACAGUGAACGCGUCAGAAAUCGCUCAUUUUUCCCGCUUGUCCGCUCAAUGGUGGGAUGAAAGGGGAGAAUUUAGCUUCCUGCACAGCAUGAAUCCUAUCCGAAUGCAAUUCAUUCGUCAAAAAUUCGCUGAAACCACGCUUGAUGAAUCCGAAACCAAAAUUGACUCGACUAAAACUGGUGUACUCAUGGGGCUUGACGUCCUAGAUGUGGGUUGUGGAGGUGGUCUUCUGUCAGAGAGUCUAGCGAGACUAGGUGCUCGAGUACUCGGAAUUGAUGCUUCGGAAUCCAAUAUCGCCAUUGCCAAACAUCACGCUUCCCUAGAUUCAACUUUGAAUAGCAAUCUCUCCUACAAGCAUACAUCGGCUGAGGUUCUCCUGAAUCGACCGAAACGAUUCGAUGUUGUCUGUUCAAUGGAAGUUCUAGAACACGUGGAUAAUCCAACGGCGUUCCUCUCUACAUGCGCCGAAUUGAUCAAGCCCUCUGGACAUCUCUUCCUAUCGACCAUAUCCCGCACACCUCUCGCGUACCUCCUUACCAUCUUCCUCGCCGAAAAAGCUCUCAGGAAAGUUACAGAGGGCACCCACACAUAUUCCAAAUAUAUCAAACCUUCGGAACUCAUUGAAUACUUCCGAGAAUAUCGUUCCCUUGAUAAUUCCCGUCCGUGGAUUAGCCGGAUUUCUGGAGAUCUCCCCACACGGACGGAGGCUGAAGUGCGUGGCCUAGUCUAUAACCCCUUACAAUCUAAUUGGAUACUGGCACCGAGAGGCGCGUGGGGUGCAACAGACUGCAAUUAUCUAUUUUGGGUGCGAAAGCCAGGUCCAGUACAAUAAACACUGACCUUCACGUUCAAUAAAAACCCACACCCGACAAGUGAGAGCCAGAUUAUUAUUAAUAACAAAGCCGCCUUUCUAUUAGGUAAUGGCAAUUUGUGUCAUACUAAAGUUUAUUGAGGAUGUGAAUCAGAGAU